ACUUGAAACUUGACACUGACGUUUGACAGUGUCAAGGCUAUCGGUUUUCUGUUCUCUCGGUGAUAUUUCUGCAACAGAAUACUAACUAAAUAAUAUUAGAAAGAAAUAAAUACUCAUGAAAUUUUGAGUAUUCCGAGGCCUUCUUAAAACUAGGAAGUAUAUAAUAGGAGGUGAUAGUUUUAAAUAUAAAGAAACAACAAUAUAUUGUGAUACAAUAUACAUAGAUGAAUAAUAGAACCAUUGUAUCUACUAAACGAUAAACAGUCGUUAACAUAUCCUAAAUGGACAAAAAUAGACCUUAAUCUGGUUUUAUUCAAUUCGAAUAACUUUUGAUUUAGUCUUCAUGUUGACUUUAUGCCAUAAUUACUUUGGAGUGACAUCUAAUAACAAAAAUAACAAAGAUGAUGGUCAAACUUUUAGUAAAAGAAAAUUUGCCUUUGGAUUAUUUAUUCUAUUUCUUGUCAGCGUGUUAUGGGUUGUGUCAUCAGAGCUGACAAAGUACAUAUAUAUAGAAAAGAAACUUGAAAGACCAUUUUUAGUGACAUACGUAAGGAGUUCAUUGUUAUUUGUGUAUCUUGUAGUAUUAUGUUUCACUCCACCAACAAGAGAUCCCUGUCAGCCUGCGGAUUACACUCAACUAUUAGAGCCAACUGCAGAGACAGAUGAUGAGAGCUUUUACACAGAAUCUAACAACAGCCUGGGUGAUUCGACUUUUGUUCCUGUACGAGCAGGAGAAACUACAGACAGUGAUGACGCAACACCGAGAGCUGUACGAUUCAAUAAAGUAGCAGAAGUGCGUGUAAUGUCAGCGGCGAUGGCAGGGGAAGCGUUGUUGGCGCGCCUGUCGUGGUCUGCUUCCAUUCGCGCCACAGAGUACGCGCAGCGUCGAGCCGCAGCUGCUGCUACAAGACGACAUCUAAAACUUGCUCUUGUUUUUUGUGUACCUUGGUUUAUCGCCAACUAUUUAUACCGCCUCAGUUUACUUCACUCAUCCUCAUGUUCAGCGACUCUGUACACAUCGACGACUGCAGCGUUCGCACUAUCGUUCGGAGCACUUUUCGCUCAAGUACCAUCCGAUAGAUUUUCUCUCUCAAAAUGUGUCGCUGUCCUGCUCACUACAGCGGGCCUUGUAAUUUUGGGUGUAUCAGAGAGUCAUCAAAGUAAUUGGACAGCUGUUUUAGCAGCUAUAGGAUCUGCUUUCUGUUACUCUUUACAUCUCAUGCUAUUUCGACAAGAACUGAGGAAAGGGGAUGGAAUUAACUCCUUUUUACUAGUUGGUGUGGUGGGUUGCGCCUGCGGCUGUCUGGCAUGGGCGAUCGGUGGCGUGUUGGCUGUCAGUGGUGUUGAACGUGCCGAGCUGCCGUCUCCAAGACUUUGGAGCUGGUUACUAUUAGAUGCUGCACUGGGACCGCUGCUGCUGGAAUCUUUAUGGCUGUGGGGCCGCUGCCUGACGUCGACGGCGACGGCGACGGCGACGCUGGCGCUGACGCUGCCGCUGUGCGCGUGCGCGGAGGCGUGGCGCGACGGCGGCAGCGCGUGGCGCACGGCGGCGGCGCUGCUGGCGGGCGCGGGCUGGCUCGUGGCCGCGCUGCCCGCGCCCGCCGCGCUCGCCGGCCUCGCCGCCCGCCUGCGCGCCGCCGACUCGUUCGCAGCAAUAAGGAAUAUAUCAGAAUUAGACGAACAAUCAGAGGCCCUGAUGUCGUCAGAAGAACCGACGUAACCCACAUCGAGUGCGCGUUAUGGAGUUGCUUCGAGUGUGAACAGCACAGAGUUUGUUGUGUGAACACCUUUCGUUAUUACUAGUCUAAUAUGUGUAUAGAAUAUAAAGAGUACCAAGAUAUCCUUAAUUUUCAAUAAAUUGACACCAAUAUUUAAUACUUCAAGAAGUAUUGUUUUCUGUUAAGAACGUUUUUCCAAUCAAAGGUGAUGAUUUAUAAUUAUAAGUCGCCGCAUUUUCAAAUGACACGUAAUAUAAACAAACCAGAAUAUCCUUUAUAUUUUCUGUAAUAUAUUAUUAACGAUCUUGAAAGAUUUUAUACUCUAUUUUAACAAGCAUUUAAUUUCAUUUUUCGAAAAUAAUUUAGGUGAUGUUUUUCCAAACCAAGAGUAAAAUAAAGCACGUAAUUAAAAUGGUCCUACAUUAAAGUUAUACAUAGAAUCGUCAUAAGAUCUUAUGGUAUAUGACCGCAAGCGUUCACUUGGUAAUCAUUAAUAUGUUCCUAUUAAGCGAAUAUGGUCUAUAGUUCCGAAUACCCUGUAAUCUUUCCUUACUGUUUGAUGACGUAAAUCAUAUAAAUAUAUGAAUUAUCCGUUUACUAAUAUCGAAACAAAGGUUUUAUAUUUAUAUGACUAACUCUAGUUUAGUCUAUGGUAUUUGUUAAUCUCCGAUAUCGUAUACAUUUCGUGUCAUCGGAAAGUGUGACAACUUAAUUAUAAAUGUUAUAUAUACACUAAAUAAUCAUUCCACUAUUCGUAUAGUCCUUUCCGUUACAAUACGUAUUCAUAUAUUGUAGAUAUUCUUGUUUUAUAUUCGUUUUCUUUUUAGGUACUGAUAAUUAGGUCAAUUUUAUUAAAAAUAUCGUUUUAUAUAUUUUUGUUCCGAAUAUAAAUAAAAAUAAGAAUUCAUACAAGUUUCGCCUAUACGACAAUAUUUAAUUUUCAGGUCACUUCCGUGCCUUUUAUCUCUAAAAUUAACUUGUAAAUUAAAUGACUGUAUAAUAUCAUGAUCAAUUUUAUUUUGUUUUAAUAAUAAUCAGUAUUUAUUAGUAUGAAUAUAUCGUGCAUUUGUCAUGUAUUUAAUGAUUUACAAAAAAAAAAAUCUUAGAAGUAUAAAGCACUAAGUUGUUUGAUGUACAUCCCACCCUUUAUUACUUUAUCUCGCUAUUCACUCCGUACAAAAUAUUUUUUUUAUUAAAUGUUUUGACGAAAAUAUAUGCCAUGUUAAACAUAAAGUACGUUUCGUGUAAUUUUGAGAACUAAGAGCUAAAACUGUGUUAUUUAUUAAGUAAUAAAAGUAUAAUAGUAUAUUUAUUUGUCUAUAUUUAUUUAGAAAUUUUAGUUAUUUGCAAAUAAAUACUUUAUUAGAUUUAUUUCCUUGAACAUAAAAUAAAAAUUAUGCACAAAAUUCUAUGUUUACAUCACGAUACUAUUACACUAUUUAUUUAUGAAAGGUUCAUAUUAAAAUGAUAUUCAUAUAAUAUUUUAUAUUAAAUACAAGAGUUCCAACUCUAAUAUAAGGUAAUAAGGUUCGGUAACGCAACCAUAAAAAUUGACAAGAAAAAUGAUAUUGAGUUUAACACACAUAAACGUAUUUAUAAGAAAAUGUAGUUUAUAUUUUUGUGAAAUAAAAUAAAAAUAUAUCCUUAAAAACCGGUUGUAAAAAACGAACUAACAUAUUAUUGUGUCAUUCAAAUAGUUUGAGUUGUACUGAAGUUUUUUUUAAUGUUUUAACUAUCAUGUUACACAAUAUUGAGUUGAUUGCUAUUUUUUUUGGACACAUUUGUAGCAAUAGAUUUUAUAAUUUAGUGUUUAAAAUGUAAUAAAUGUAAUAAAACCUAAUAUCAACAA